AUGGCCGCCUCGGCUCUGUUUCCCUCGAGUGGAUUAAUUGAUCCCACCAAAGACUACCCUAUCAUCUUGGGUGAUCAAUUGGCCGGAGGAGAUACGAAACCGCAAUCGAGAUUAAUCAACAUUCAGUAUAAUUAUAAAACGAAGUCCGCAUCCUCGCAGCAACGCACCCAUAUCACCCGAUCUGCACAAUGUCCGGACCUGUAUAACCUCACGAUCACAGACAAGGCACCGAAUGCCGAUAAUAGUGUUAUAACAUACUCAUACAAAGGCAGCGUGGAUCCAGAGCAUGCUACGUCGGAGUCCCGCGAGCGGAAUCUGGUAUUGGUUUUCGAUCCGGACCGUAAGGUCUUCGUUCUAGAGUCGAUUGCGACGCAGUUGAACUUCAAUCUUCGGUCGGCACCUAAUAAGACUGAAAAGCAGGUGACGGAGCAGUAUGCGCAGCUGCGAACAUUGCAUGAUGAUGACCAGGGUUCUGGUGACGACGGAGCAGUUGAAACAGCCGCUGACACCGACGACGGUCCCGCUGAUGACAGCAAUCCCUACGACUACCGUCACUUCCUGCCAAAAGAAAACGCUGACGAUGACAAGUCUGUUUCGGACGGUGCAAUGUCAGCUCAUCUCAAUGCCAGUAAAGCUAAUACCCCUCUGAUGACCGCGGCUGCCAAACCUACUCCAAGUCCCCAAGCUCGACCUAAGCCUCAAGCCAAUCCUCUCCGUCGACAACCACGCCCGAGCAGACCUUCUAGAAACCAAACAAAAGCUGCUCCCAAGACGAAUCUGGAGCCUCCAGCGCAAGUUGAGCGGGAAGAGCCUCAGGAGGAAGAGAUAGAGGAGAUCCCGGCUGGCGAAAUGAAAUCAUCUCCUUCGGACACUGGAACCGAAUUGGUAUCGUCCUUCAAGGCGGCUCCGUCACCAGGCUCUAAUAUCAUAAUUGACGGAGAUCUGAUCAUCGACAUGGGAUCGCCCCCUCCAUCUCGUCCCGCUUUCAGGGUUAAUCCAGCACACUUCUCGUCCAACAAUACCCCAGGAAACGAGGAAGAUGAGGAGGAGGAAGAAGAAAUGGAAGCUCUGCGGCUACCAUCUCCUGUCGGCCGCGGUGGUGCUUCGUCUGAGAGGGUGGAAACAGCACCGGCAACACAGGAGGAAAUUGAAGAUGAUGACGAUGCACUAGCGGCUGAAAUGGAGGCUGCUUUCGAGGAAGAAGCGAGGAAGCAGGAGUACCAGCCUCCGUCUCUGCAGUACCACGUUCCCAGUGAUGACGAGAGUGAGGUUAGUGAGGAGGAAUGA